AGAAGAAAACAAAACCAGAGAGUGGUGGCACUUGUCAGGGAGGCGAGGAAGGCAAGUCCAGUGUUCCCACUAGUGGAAGUAGCGAACACUAAACAGCUGGAUGCAGCUGCACUCACUUGCAUCACCAACAGACCAAUUCCCAUUUUUCUAUGUCUAACCAACCAAAAAAAAAAAAGACACCACUUUUUUACUCUCAAAGAUUCAAUCUUUUCACACAGUCCCCACCUUCCCCUCUCCUUCUCUCUCCUCUCUCUCUCUCUUCUCUCUCUCUCUCUCUCUCUCUCUCUCUCUCUCUCACUGACAAGUGACUCAAACACAAAACACUGGAGACUCUGCAACUCAAUCUCCAAAUUCACAAUGCCCUCCUUCUUCUUCAUCUUCCUCCUUCUCUUCUUAUCUUCUCAGCCCAUUGCUUCCUCAAGGCCAAACCAUAGGGUCCUCCACCAGCCAUUUCUGCCUCAAGACUCUUCCUCACCUCCCACUCAGCCCCCAUCACCUUCCCCACCUUCCCCACCUUCCCUCCCUUCAAACCCAACUCCCCCAAAGUACCCAUUUUCCGGUUCCAACUCUACCCCUGCCGAUUCCCCCUUUUUCCCAUCCUACCCCUCCCCGCCGCCUCCUCCUCCCUCCCCAACCACCGCCUUCGCCUCCUUCCCCGCCAACAUCUCCUCCCUCAUCGUCCCCAAAACCCCCUCCGGAAACUCCAGCGCCCACAAGCUCCUCGCCCUCACCAUCGCCGCCGUGCUAUCCGCCGUCGUCGUAAUCUCCCUCGCCGCCUUCUUCCUCUACCGCCGCAGACGACACAAUAGCCGCAACUUUCCCGAUGACGACGAGGACGACAAGUCGUUUAUUAGAUCCGAACAAAGCAACAGGCUGUUUCAGCAGCCCAAUCACAAUCACAGCCACUCAUUCAGUGGGACCCACAAACUCCGGACCGCCUCGUCCACCAGCUCCGAGUUCCUCUACCUGGGCACAUUGGUCAGCUCACGCGGACUCGAGGACCCAGUCGACUCGUGCGGCAGUAAUGGCCUCGUCGCCGAGUUAGAAACUCGGAAAGUCGAGUCGCCGGACCUUCAGCCGCUUCCGCCAUUGGCUCGGCAGAGCUCGAUGCUGAGCAAUUGUGAGAAUGCCGAACCGGGUUCGACCCGAGACCGAGACGAAGACGAGGACGAAGAAGAAGAAGAGUUCUACUCGCCCAGAGGGUCUUCGGGCGAUCGAGAGAGCUUCAACGGAACUGGAUCGGGGUCCAGGAGAGUGUUCGCGGCGGUGGCGGAUGGUGUUUUCGACCGGAGAAGCAGUGAAACAACGUCUUGCUCUUGCUCGUCUUCCGAUUCGGGUUCGCCGUCUCGGUCACAGUCUAUCAGCCUCUCUCCGCCGGUGAGUUUGAGCCCCAACAGAAGAUCAGAAGAGCCCAAGCCUCCUGAGCCCGCAGCUACGUACCAUGCGACGCGGUUUGGUAACGAGAAUGUACGGUCUCCUUCAUUGACUCCAAUGUCUUCGCCAGAGAAAGCUGCGGACGAAUACCCAUCUACAUCGGACCGAAAGAGACGGUCUCCCUCAUUGUCGUCGCUAUCUUUUUCACCGGAGACAAGCUUGGAGAAGAACCCAGAUGCAUCAGCUAAAGUUUCGGUCGUUUCGGGCCAAAGUUCUCUGAUUUCGUCACCGGAGAGAGGUUUCGGAAAGAACCCAGAUGCAUCAGCUAAAGUUUCGGUCGUUUCGGGCCAAAGUUCUCUGAUUUCGUCACCGGAGAGAGGUUUCGGAAAGAACCCAGAUGCAUUACCGAAAGUUUCGGUCAUUUCGGGCCUAAGUUCUCCGAUUUCGUCACCAGAGAGAGGUUUGGGAAAGAACCCAGAUUCAUCAUCACGGAGAACUUCGGUCGUUUCGGACCAAAGCUCGCCCAGUUCAUCACCGGAGAGAGGUUUCGGUAAGAACCCAGAUUCAUCAUCACCGAUAAUUUCGGUCGUUUCGGACCAAAGCUCGCCCAGUUCAUCACCGGAGAGAGGUUUCGGUAAGAACCCAGAUUCAUCAUCACCGAUAAUUUCGGUCGUUUCGGACCAAAGCUCGCCCAUUUCGUCACCAGAGAGAAGUUUCGUAAAGAACCCAGAAGCGUCACCGAAAGUUUCGGCCUUUUCAGAUCGUAAUGAGCAGUCGUCUUCGUCAUCUUCAUCUUAUUCAUCGUCACCAGAAAGACGAUCAAAUGCUUCUGAUCCAAAGGCCAAGUCUUUUUCACCAGAGAAAAGCCCAGCUGCAUCACCAAGAAUUUCAAGCGCUUCCGAAUAUAUUAAUUUGGAUCCAAAAGUGCAGUCUCUCUCAUCAUCAGCUUCAUCUUCAUUGUCUAACUCACCAGAGAGGGAGUUUGGGAACAAUUCAGAUGCUUCAUCAAAACUUUCGAAUGUUUCUCACCACACUACAGAGUCUCCAGUGAGACUUAGCGGUGGUUUAAAACAUCUUAUUUCAGUGCCGCCGCCUCCGCCACCGAUGCCUCCUUCACUAAGACUGUGGGAAACUCCAAGUCCUAAAACACCGGUUGGCCAAGUGAUGUGUAAGCCUCCAGCUCUCGUACCUCCUUCAAGACCUUUUGUAUUUCAGAACCCAGCAAAGGUCUCUGUUUCACCAGUGGAGUUGCCUCCAAGUUCGAAUCCCUUGGAGCCUAUUGAGGAGAAUCCAAAACCCAAGUUAAAGCCAUUGCAUUGGGAUAAAGUUCGAGCAAGCUCCGAUCGCGAAAUGGUGUGGGAUCAGCUUAGAUCAAGCUCUUUCAAGUUGAAUGAAGAAAUGAUAGAGACAUUGUUUGUUGUAAAAACACCAAACCCGAAUCCAAAGGAAACGACCCCACGCACAGUUCUUCCCUCUCCAAACCAAGAGAACAGAGUACUUGAUCCGAAAAAGUCGCAAAAUAUUGCAAUCUCGCUAAGGGCACUCAAUGUGACCAUAGAUGAAGUUUGUGAAGCAUUAUUAGAAGGUAAUUCUGAUGCUCUUGGAACCGAAUUACUUGAAAGUCUAUUGAAGAUGGCUCCAACCAAAGAAGAAGAGCGUAAGUUGAAGGAGUACAAAGAUGAUUCACCAGUUAAGCUUGGUACUGCUGAGAAAUUUCUGAAAGAGUUGCUUGACGUUCCGUUUGCAUUUAAAAGGGUGGAGGCAAUGCUCUACAUGACUAAUUUUGAGUCUGAGAUUGAUUACCUUAAAAAGUCUUUUGAAACUCUAGAGGCUGCCUGUGAAGAAUUGAGGAACAGUAGGAUGUUCUUGAAGCUUCUAGAAGCUGUGCUGAAGACUGGAAACAGGAUGAAUGUUGGGACAAACCGUGGUGAUGCCCAUGCCUUCAAACUUGACACACUCCUCAAGCUGGUCGAUGUCAAGGGGGCUGAUGGGAAAACCACACUCUUGCAUUUUGUUGUACAAGAAAUCAUAAGAACUGAAGGUGCUCGUCUCACUGGUGGGAAUCAAACUUCAAACCCAACUGUGAAUGAUGAUGCCAAGUGUAGGAGGCUUGGCCUGCAAGUUGUUUCAGGUCUCAGUUCAGAGCUCACUAAUGUGAAGAAAGCUGCUGCCAUGGAUUCUGAUGUGCUUAGCACUGAUGUUUCAAAGCUUUCUAAAGGAAUUAGCGACAUUCAGGAGGUUGUGCAAUUAAAUGAGAGAGCGGUAUCAGAUGAAAGCAGGCAGAAAUUUUCAGAGUCAAUGAACAUGUUCAUGAAAAUGGCCGAAGAGGAGAUUAUAAGACUUCAAGCUCAAGAAAGUGUUGCCUUGUCCCUAGUGAAGGAGAUUACAGAGUACUUCCAUGGUAACUCCGCAAGGGAAGAAGCUCACCCUUUCAGAAUCUUCAUGGUGGUCAGAGACUUUCUUACAAUUCUUGACCGGGUAUGUAAAGAAGUUGGUAUGAUAAAUGAGCGAACGAUAGUUAGUACUGCCCACAAAUUUCCAGUUCCAGUAAAUCCAAUGCUACCACAAGUAAUUCCAGUAAAUCCAAUGCUGCCCCAAGCACUUCCUGGAAUGCAUGGAAGGCGGCCGUACAGUUGGACUGAUGAUGAGAGCACAUCUCCAUAGUUUCCCUGGCUCAUUUCAGAACGGCUUUUUGGUUCGAUUUAGCAAGAAACUGCCUGAAGUAGGCGGUCAGAACAGGUUGAAGCUUAGAAUGGUCCAGCUUGCAUGCCAGGUUAUAUAUAUAUAUAUAUAGCUUCCGGUUCUCCACCCUAAUAUUUGGACUUGUAAAAAAAUUUCAUGUAAGCGAUUUUGCGUUCUAUAGAUAAUAUACGGAGGAAGGGAUUUUAUCUGGGAAGAAUAAGUUGUAUUUCGGAUUAGUUUAAUACUGUAGACCUGUCUAGAACGUUGAUCAUAGAAAUGCUGUUUAAGGCAAGCAGAACCCAUGGCUGUAGAUAGUUUCUGUAAAUGUUCUGUACUGUACCAAAUCAAACUACUAAUUUAUUCUCUGUUAACUUUCUUAUCCCCAAUUAUUCUUUGUAAU